GGACACCAUUCAAUGUAACACUCAUUCCUGUCAACUUUAACGUGUCACAUGCUAAACUGUUCGUGCACAGCUGACAACAAUGGAGGCUAGACCGAGCAGAGGUACGAGAGGCAGUUGGAAAAGAGGUGGCCGGGGUGGAAACGACAACGACGGUUUUAGUGGUGAGCACAGAGGCAGAGGGCGAGGAGGCCACCACCGAGGCCGGAGCAAGAGAGACUACCACCGCGGUCGUGGACGCGGAGCACCCGGUCAUGCAGCAGAGUUCCAUCCCCCGGAUCAAGAUGAAGGAGACAACAUUCAGGGAGGAGAUAAUGGGAUGGCGGUUUACUCCAGGAGGAAACUGGAGACAAACUGGGAUCGUUACGAGGAGUCAGAGAGGCAGGAACCUGAAGAUGACACACCUACUCAGAGAGGAACCGACUACCACGUCCUGCUGGAGUCUGCAGGGGAUUCAUUCACUCAGUUCCGGUUUUCAGAAGAAAAGGGGUGGGAGAUGGACUCGUUUACAGCCAAUCAGAUGUCGGCAGUGUUUGUGGACCUCCCUGCUCUGGCCCAGAGCCUGCAACAGGUUCCUCUCCACCAGAGACUCAACCUGGAGGCGGAGCUUCUUCAGGUUUUGACACCAGUGGAGCUUCCCACUAUGACCCUUGCACCUAAACAGGAAAUGCCCAAAACAUCCACAUUUAUUUCACCUUCCACAACUUCAAAAAGCUUCGGCACCACCCAGAAGGUUCCUGUGCCUCCAAACCCAGUGUCAGGCUCAGUCUCACAGGCUUCCUCGAACACUGCUGACCUGCCAGCGGACGAUGGUGACGAGGAGCUGGACCAGCUGCUCAGUUUACAGAAACCAGACUCGAGCGUUUUACAUGACCAGUCUGUCGGUGUCACAGAUGAGAACGCCAUUCCAGAGAAAGCAUGUGAUGAAAUGAAAGCGGUGGUACAAGACCAGAUGGAGACAGUCAAAGACAAAGAUGUUGCACAUCCAAAUUCUCCUUCCGUUAGGCAGGAAAUAACAGAGGAGGACCUGGAGGACUGGCUCGACAGCAUGAUCUCCUGACCCCCAGUGACCAAGGAAUGACUUCAGGAUGGAGAGACAAUGUUUGGAGAUUUUUUUUGUAACACUGACACCACAGCAGCAGAGAAAGUCCAGCUAGUGUUGAUCUGUCAAGUUCAGUGUUUCUUUCACAUAGAAGGAAAGUAAAGAGGGGUGUAAAGGGUACCAGCCG